AUGUGUGAUCAUAUAAGGAAUUCACGUGAAUUACUAUUCGGUUUGUUUCACUUCGAUGUUAUUCAAAUCUUCUAUCCAUUCUCUCAACAGCUCUAUCCUAAUGAAUUUCCUGGCCUAGAUCCAAAGGACUGUCCACGUGACAUUUCAAAACAUAACCGCUCACGAAAGACUAUUGCCGGAGCUUUAGCAGUUCGAUGUAACAAUGCACCACAUCCAGAUAGAUAUGGACAUUAUCGGGAAGUGUCUAUUGUGCAAAUAAAACAUCAUUGGUGGUGGAAGCUUAAUUAUGUACAUAAUUCCAUUGACAUCCUACAAAAUCGUUCUGAUUAUUUAUUGUUACUUCUUGAAGAAGAUUUCUAUUUAUCACCCGAUGCACUCGUCUUUCUCAGGAAAAUGGAAAAUGAAAAAGAGCGACUAUGUCCAACGUGUUCCUUCUACACAUUAGGAAAUCUUGAAAAGUCAGGCAAACAGUUCGGACGGCUCGGUUCGAAAGUAUCGGUGGCGUAUUGGCAUGCAAGAUUUAAUCUUGGUAUGACAAUAUCUCAUCAAGUGUGGACAUUACUUGUUAAAUACGCGGAGGAAUUCUGUACAAUUGAUGAAUAUAACUGGGAUUGGUCACUCGUUUAUCUGGCGCAGAAGCAUUUCCAUUUCCCACGUGUCAUGUGGUCCAGUGCAACGCGUGUCGUUCAUCUCGGAUCGUGCGGUACUCAUCAUAAAAAGUUCUGUUCCAAUGUCUCAGAUAUUGCUCGAUGGAAAGAUACAGAAACAUUCUAUCGAACUAAUCGGAAGUAUUUAUUUCCUACAACGACACUUUCUCUCCAUACAAAACACGAAAAUAAGCGUCUACUUAAACAACUGAAUGGUGGCUGGUCAGAUUUACGAGAUCGACAGUUAUGUCUUUCGUUUGCCUUCAAAGAUGCUAAGAAUUUAUCGUCGAUUGACGUAGAACCUUAA